UCAUUGAGACUAUCGUAUGGAAGUCAGUAAGAAGAAAUGACACAUCCUACAUGCGACAUGUCUCCAUAGUCAACAUUGCCGUGUCCCUGCUGAUCGCAAACAUCUGUUUUAUUAUUGGAGCGGCAGUCGCUGAACAGGAACAACCAACCUCUGUGUGGCGCUGCAGUUCAGCGGUUUUCUUCAUGCACUUUUUUUACCUGGCUCUUUUCUUCUGGAUGUUAAUGUCAGCGCUGUUGCUCUUUUACCGUACAGUCAUGGUCUUGUCUCAAAUGUCAAGGGCCAAAAUGAUGGUCAUUGCCUUUAUAGUCGGUUAUGGUGCACCUUUGCUCAUAGCGGUCAUUACUGUUGCAUCAACAGCUGGACCUCAAAAUUAUAUUUCCAAAAGAAAUGCAUGCUGGCUGAACUGGCAUGAGUCAAAGGCCCUGCUGGCAUUUGUGGUUCCAGCUCUCACUAUUGUAGCCAUAAACCUUGUGGUUUUGAUUGUGGUUCUGUACAAGAUUUUGAGGAGAGGAGUUGGUGUUGCAAUCCAACCAGAUGAGAAACAUGCCCUGGUGGUCAAUGCCAGAUGUGUGGCCAUUUUGACUCCUCUCUUUGGUCUAACAUGGGGAUUUGGAAUUGGAACCAUGGUGUCACAUGACUUUGGUAUUCAUGUGGUGUUUGCACUCCUCAAUUCACUGCAGGGAUUCUUUGUUUUGGUGUUUGGAACGCUUUUAGACAUCAAGGUAUGA